GAGUUUCUAUUACAAUUUACAAGCAUUUUGCAAAAGCAACAAGGAAGAGAGAAAAUAGUUCAAUUGUCAUAUUAAAAAAAAAAUGCAAUCGGGAAAGAACGCAAUGGAGUCUGCCAAGGAAUCUGCUGCCAAUGUGGCAGCCUCGGCCAAGUCUGGCAUGGAUAAAACUAAGGCCACUGUCCAAGAAAAGGUGGAGAAGAUGAAGGCCCAUCACCCAUUGGAGAAAGAGAUGGCAACGGACAGGAAGGACCAAAGGAUAGCCGAGGCAGAGCUAAACAAACGGGAGGCGCGUGAGCAAAACGCGGCAGCGAAAGAGGCUGCCAAAACAGGAAUCAAUGCCGGCGGUCACACGGGACACACGGCCACUGGCACGGGAACCACCACCUACUCGGCAACUGGAGCCACGGGUCAGCCUACUGGGAUCCACCAGAUGUCAGCACUGCCCGGGCACGGGAUAGGGCAGCCCGCAGGGCACGUGACGGAGGGCACAGUCGGGACCCACCCAAUUGGGACCAACACGGGUACGGGUCGGACCACGGCCCACAACACAAGUGGCGGUGGUACUGGUGCUCCCGGGUACUGGACUGGCGGAGCUUAAACGCAAAUCCAAUUUGUGGCUUUUUUUUAUUUUAAUGGGUUCCCUGUUUUUUUAUGGGGUUUUAUAGUGAAGACAGUAGUUCUAUAGUUAGAACUAUAUCAUGUGUAUGUGUGUUCUAUCUUUAUGAUUUGAAUAAAAGGAAGUAGCUUCUCGUGUAAAA